CUGCGGAUUCUGCCACUUUUCUCCUCCUUUUCUCGUGUCUGUGGAUUAUUUGUCCUCGCGCGGCUCAGAGGACGACAUGGACGAGUCCAGCUCGCACAAGUUGGCGUGGGACGGGGACGCCAAGGCCGUCCAGCAGUGUCUCACCGACAUCUUCACGAGCGUCUACACCACGUGCGACAUCCCGGAGAACGCCAUCUUCGGGCCGUGCGUGCUGAGCCACACGUCGCUGUACGACAGCAUCGCCUUCGUCGCGCUCAAGGCCACCGACAAGCGGACUGCUCCCUACAUCUUCCGGGUUGACACGUCGGCCGCCAACAGCACCUCGGAGGGUCUGAUGUGGCUCCGGCUGGUCCAGUCGGCCCGGGACAAGGAGGAGCAGAACCUGGAGGCCUACGUGAAGAACGGCCAGCUCUUCUACCGCUCGCUGCGCCGCAUCGAGAAGGACGAGGAGCUGCUCGUCUGGUACGGCAAGGACCUCACGGACCUGCUGCUGCUCAGCGCCGGACGAGCCCCCGCCAGGAGCAAAGGUUCGUCCCAUCACUCGUGUCCGGACUGCAGCCAGCGGUUCCAGUUCGAGUUCCCGUUCGUGGCCCACCUGCGGUUCCGCUGCACCAAACGGCUGCAGGGUCUCGCUGACAUGGACAAGGAGCCGAAGGAGAGCGGCAUCGAACGGUCGAACGCGGCUCCCACCAGGACCAGCCCGAAGCUGAGCCGCUCCGAAGGCUUCGGCGCGUCGCACGACACCAACAAACCCUCCACGGACUUCCACAACCUGGCCCGGGACCUGGAGAACAACCGGACCAGCCCGCCGAGCGACAAGGAGGCCGAGAUCUGCAGCGAGAGCUCGGGGAAGAGGAAGUUCUCUGAGGUCGAGGACAGGGAGUGCAGAGGACUCACGGUGUCCAAGUCUAAAGACGAGCUGGCGUCUUCUGCGCAGAACUACCGGGGGGCGUACGGCCUCGAGGAGAACCGCGGGUCCUUCUCGCCGCCGGGCUCCACGGAGCUCGGCGAGGCCAAGCGCAGCGCCUUCACCGAGGUCAAGAAGACGCCGCAGAGCCUCAAACACCACAGCGGCAGCAAAAACCUGCAGAGCGCCAACGCCGAGAACAAAGACCGGCCCGGCAGCAGCCCCCCAGAGAAGCACCUGAACAUCCGGCAGGUGCUCUCGGAGACGCAGCCGCCCCAAUCCUCGCCCAUGGGCAGCGCCUUCACCUCCGUCAGCCAGCAGGGCGGCGCCGAGCGGAAGAGCGCCUUCAGCCAGCCGUCUCGCACCUUCUCCCAGAUCUCCCCGCUGGUGAUGCCCCCCAAGCUGCUGGACUGCCACCCGGCGGUGGGCGACACCAUCUCCUCCAGCAGACUCUAUCAGGCCGACCACCUAGCCGCCAAGCUGCAGGGGGCGGAGCUCGGCGCCAACUGCCCCGUGCCCGGAGGCAUUGGCAAGCAGAACCCUUUCGUGUACGCCACCACCUUCUGGCCCAAGAACUCGGGCGCCAUCCAGCUCCAGAUGCCGUCGGCGCUCACGCUGCUGCCCCCCUCCUUCACCUCGCUCUGCCUGCCGGCCCAGAACUGGUGCGCCAAGUGCAACGCCUCCUUCCGCAUGACCUCGGACCUGGUGUACCACAUGAGGUCCCACCACAAAAAGGAGUACGCCAUGGAGCCGCUGGUGAAGCGGCGGCGCGAGGAGAAGCUCAAGUGCCCCAUUUGCAACGAGUCCUUCCGGGAGCGGCACCACCUGUCGCGUCACAUGACCUCCCACAACUGACUCGUACGAGCGGGACUUUGACACGCGACCCCCCCUGGAUUUAAAGGUACUCGUUGCAAAGUCAUGGAAGCUGGACCCCAACAGCAACGAAUCAAAGUGAUCCUCAUCGUGUUUUACUGUUUGGCCUUCCUCAAUUUAAAAACGUUACAAUCUUUACGGACGCAAAGCUCCGCCUUUACGGCAUUCCGGUAUUUAUCAGUUUUCAACGACUUCUUUGUUCGUCUGAUUCCGCCGUAUGUGUCGUGCCGGCCGGACGCAGGGCAUCGCCUUCUUCCACGGGCUUUAGAUUCAGCUUGUUUACAUCGAGUGCAGACCCUCAUUUCAGCGCUGCACAUCUGGAAAACUACUGGAGUAAAACACUUUCAACCUUUAAUGCAGUUCAGGAUAACCUUUUUUUUUUUUUUUACGUGUGGUUCCGUACUUUACCACGAGUACCUUUAGGUUCUGCUGGGAGUCUAAAAACACUAAAAACACUCACCUUGCACUUGUUUCCACUUUGGGACACGUUCUCGAACUCCAUUUUGGUCCGUUUGCUUUUUUCUCUUCUGUACAAAAUGUCCUGUUCUGUGUGAGCAAAUGCAUUGUGACCUAAAAAGACUAAUCUAUUUAAGAAGCACUUAAGAAUUUGAGACUAAGGGAAAAUUUAAAUAUGUGUAAAUGUACAGUAAGUUGUAUUUUAUAUCCUGCUACUUCAAAUAUAGACGGACUCGCGCGUCCUGAUCCACAGCAGCUGGUUUCGUCACGUCUUCGGUGA